GAUACUAGUGAGGGCAACCUAUUAAUAAGUGUGAGUUUGAAGAAUUGAGGAAAGGUCCACAGGAUAAACACUUCAUGUGAAGAAUGGUGAAAGGGAACACUGGAUACUGAAGUGGCCGUGAGGGGAAAGCACUGGUCAACACCACGUGGAUGAACCCUUGUUUUCCAAAGAUGCUGCUGAAGUAGUCUUUGCUACUGCUUUCACACAAAGCUCUUUAUAACAUGGGCUGCAUAAAAUCAAAGCAAACUUUCCCAUUUCCAACCACAUUUGAGACUGAGAAGCAGAAUGAAAGUGAAGAAGGCUUUAUGCCAGAAGAGAGAUUUCUACCUAGGAUACCUUCUCCUGUUAUUAUCAAAGAGGAAGUCAAGGAACCUCCGGGGACCAAUAUGGCAAUCUUAGAAUAUGCACACCGGCUGUCCCAGGAAAUCUUGUGUGAGGCCUUGCAGCAGUGGGCAUGCAACAACAUCAAGUACUAUGACAUCCCAUACAUCGAGAGCGAGGGGCCUUGAUGCUGUAGGAUGAUGACACUUCCGGGAACUAUGGAUAUAGUUGGUGCUAGCUUAAAUAUAUGAAACAAAAGCAAAAGCUGGUGUAAGUACAAAUAACUCCACCUGGAUGUAAAAACAUGUCUAGGAUAAUGUCACUAGUGUAGGCAUCCGUAAGGUGAAACGUGUUUUAAGCAGUUCUGUGUUAACAGCAAUCCUACCUACUUGGUCUUGAAUAUUAAUCAUCUAAAGGGGCUGAAUAGAGUGGCACUCAGGAUCAGCUGACGUAUGUCAUACCACUUUCUUCCGGAGGCAUUAAUGGCAUCCCCAAAGAAAAUGCUGAAGCAUGAAAAGUUCCAAAUGGUAACUUAUUUCUGUUCAUCUGAACCCAAAACCCAGAAGUGAAAGGGUUUUUCUCAGAAUGCCUUAGCAAAGGAAUGGCACUCAAGCCAUAGUGAUCACCAGUGAGUCUUGUUUGAUAAAAUUAUUUGUGUCAAGGAUCCCCAUUUCUUGAUACAAAUGAUUUAGCUUUAGAAAGCAACCCAUGUAGAAGUGGUCACCUUGAACCCUGUCCUUAUUAAAAUAUUUAUUUUUGUAGAUAAAAGUAUAACUACUACCUUGAACCUCAGGGCCCGAACUAACUAUAGUUGUUACUAGAUUACUUAGACUUUGCAUUUAAAACCAUCUUUUAAAAAAAUGAGUUACAGAUGUCAUGAUAUUAAUGUUUAGAACUGAAUAAAGAAGCCCAGUGGGGGCCAGCAGAUGGUAUCGAGGUUAAGGCAUCUGGACCCCACUUGGCAAGGUCAUG